GGGACUGGCCAAGAAGUUGGGGGCGUCCUUCCCGCGGGAUGGGUCCCACCAAGCGGCCGCCGGCUCUUCCUCCUCUCCUCAAGUCUUCCUUAUUGGGGAGGUUGCCUUAAAAGGGGUAACAUUUUGCCAUUGAUUUCACUGCCCCAACCAUGUUGGCAGCAAGGUUGGUGUGCCUUCGGGCUGUCCCAUGUCUACGCCCUGCACUCAUUCAGGCAUCACCUGCUCUGAGGAAUACCACUGUAAACACAAAAUCAUGGCUCUUGCAGCCUUACCAGAGGUAUGCCUCCAAAGCCAGGAUUGGUAUACGCCGGGGGAAGACUGGUCAAGAGAUUAAAGAAGCUGCCUUUGAACCAUCAACGCAGAAAGCCUUCAAAAUUGAUCAGAUGGGAAGAUGGUUUGUUGCCGGAGGAGCUGUUGUUGGUCUUGGAGCCGUUUGUUAUUAUGGACUGGGGAUGUCCAAUGAGAUCGGAGCCAUUGAAAAAGCUAUUAUUUGGCCACAGUAUGUGAAAGACAGAAUCCGUUCCACCUACAUGUAUUUUGCAGGAAGCGUAGGUUUGACAGCAUUGUCUGCUGUACUAGUCAGUAGAUCUCCUGCCCUCAUGGGUCUAAUGAUGAGGGGCUCCUGGCUGGCAAUAGGUGCAACGUUUGCAGCAAUGAUUGGCGCUGGAAUGUUGGUUAGAGCAAUAGAUUAUGAACAUAGCCCUGUCCCUAAACACCUGGCAUGGAUGCUGCAUGCAGGUGUUAUGGGUGCUGUGGUGGCUCCUCUGACGCUUCUUGGUGGCCCCUUGCUCAUUCGAGCUGCUUGGUAUACAGCUGGAAUCGUUGGUGGUCUCUCGACUGUGGCUAUGUGCGCACCAAGCGAGAAGUUUCUGAACAUGGGAGCGCCUCUGGGAGUAGGCUUUGGCCUUGUGCUGGCUUCUUCAGUCGGUUCAAUGUUCUUUCCUCCAACAACUGCCUUUGGCGCUGGCCUCUAUUCCGUGGCUGUUUAUGGUGGAUUGGUACUUUUCAGUCUGUUCCUGCUCUAUGAUACUCAGAAAGUUAUAAAACGUGCUGAGACUCAGCCGCUGUAUGGUAUAGGGCUGCAAAAGUAUGACCCCAUCAACUUGUGUAUGGGCAUUUAUAUGGACACACUCAACAUCUUUAUCAGAGUGGCCACCAUGCUUGCCACUGGUAGUGGCACCAGGAGGAAAUAGAUCGCAACUUCCUUUUAGCAGGCUGAAUUGAUGAUCACCAAACACUCUGGCUUGUCUGCUUAGUGCAUUAUAAUAAAACAAUUGUUGUGUGCAAGCAGUUUCCAUGUUGAAGUCAGAUGUUCUAAGCACUUCAACAUGACCUUUAAGGUGUUUUCAGUGUAGUUCAGCUUGGAUCUUAGUUCACUGUUUUAACAAAACAGUUGAGUGGAAACUAGAUUGCUACAUACCAUUCAAUUAUUUCUCCCUACUUUUUUUGAAAUUGGGAAAGAAGUUUAUUUUAAUAUAUGUAUAUUUGUAGCAGCUGUAAGUUUCCUCCUGUACGAGGUGAAGGCGUACAACAUGCUGUGAUCUUGCUUCACAUAUAGGGGAAGCCCAAAAGAGCACUGUGUCUAAACCAGAAUGGGUUUCAGAGGGAGCUGAAUGCAGAUGUAUAUUCAGAAGUUAUUUGCAAGGAGUAGAAAGCAGAUUGUGCUGAAUUGCAGAAUACGUUGGUAACAACGUAGCAUGAUUGAUGACAAAUACGGCGAAGUUAUUCAGAAGUUAUUUGCAAGGAGUAGAAAGCAGAUUGUGCUGAAUUGCAGAAUAUGUUGGUAACAACGUAGCAUGAUUGAUGACAAAUACGGCGAAUAAAGUCAAACUCUAAAAAGAUAA